UAGGAGGAGGAAAGGGCUCGGACAUGGCGAGAAACAGCACUGGCCCGUCUGCUAGAGAUCGGUAAUAUUUUAUUGUAUUUCUAAAACCCGAGAGGCCUUACAAAAACCAAUAAAACCCAACCCUGGCACAAAAACAUACAAUAGAUCAAUGGACUGAAUGAAGACUGCUUACAACGCCUAUAGAUGUCUGGCCAAGGAGCUGGAUGCUUACGCCAUGAACCCAGAGAUGACAAUGGACAGCAUUGGCAGUCUGCAUGGCGGAGUAAGCCAUGAGCAGGAUUUGAUGAGCAGUCACAGCCCCCAUCACGAUCGGAGCACUGGGGCUUCUUUAAGGAUACAUCAGGACUUAGCUGCUGCUUCUUCACGAUCCGCUAUGGUUUCCAGUAUGGCUACGAUGCUGGACGGGGCUGGAGACUACCGCCCGGAGUUGUCUCUCCCGCUCCACCAUGCAAUGAGUAUGCCCUGCGACACAUCCCCACCUGGUAUGGGCAUGAGCGGCACCUACACCACUUUAACUCCACUCCAGCCCCUGCCACCCAUCUCUACCGUUUCAGACAAAUUCCACCAUCCGCACCACCACCACCAUGCCCACCACCAGCGUCUCUCUGGGAACGUAAGUGGGAGCUUUACCCUGAUGCGGGACGAAAGGGGGUUACCAGCAAUGAACAAUCUCUACAGUCCCUAUCAUAAGGAAAUGACAGGGAUGGGUCAAAGCUUAUCCCCCUUGGUCAACAGCCCCCUUGGCAAUGGUUUGGGCUCCAUCCAUAACACCCAGCAAAGCCUCCACAACUAUGGCGCACAUGGGCACGACAAAAUGCUCAGCUCAAACUUCGACGCCCACACUGCCAUGCUGGCCAGAGGGAACCAGCCCCUCUCAAGGAGCCUUAGUGUCCCUUCGGCGGGUAUGAUGCCACAUUUGAACGGAAUGCAUCACACUGGUCAUCCAGGCCACCCUCAAUCUCACGGGCCCGUGUUGGCUUCCAGCCGGGAAAGGCCGCCCUCCUCCUCGGAAACUCAAGGUAAUAACUCGGGGCAGUUAGAAGAAAUCAACACCAAAGAAGUGGCACAAAGGAUCACUGCGGAACUCAAGCGGUACAGCAUCCCCCAGGCUAUCUUCGCCCAAAGGGUGUUGUGUCGCUCACAGGGGACCCUUUCAGACCUCUUAAGAAACCCCAAACCUUGGAGUAAACUUAAAUCUGGAAGGGAGACCUUUAGAAGAAUGUGGAAAUGGCUGCAGGAACCCGAGUUCCAGAGGAUGUCAGCCUUAAGGCUUGCAGGAGGUUACUGUAAACAAGAUGAGGCAUCUCAGCGACUUAUGUUCUCUGCAUGCAAACGCAAAGAACAAGAUACAAGCAAAGAAAGGAGCAUUACACCAAAGAAAUCCCGUUUGGUUUUCACUGACCUCCAGCGCAGAACACUUCUCGCCAUCUUCAAGGAAAACAAGCGCCCCUCCAAGGAGAUGCAGAUCACAAUCUCUCAACAACUGGGCCUCGAACUGACCACGGUCAGUAACUUCUUCAUGAAUGCCCGGAGGCGGAGCUUGGACAAAUGGAUGGAUGAAGGAAGCCCAGGGGCCUCUUCCUCAACCUCCAGCACUUGUACCAAAAUAUGAUUGAGGACAGUGUACCAGAACAGGGCACGGUACCCGUCAACAACAUUUUUAAAUUUGCUUUAGAGGGGAUCUGUUCACUGGUGAAUAGCAGACACACACACACACACA